GACGGUCAUCAUCAGCUUUAUUUGAAAUUAUUAUUUGGUUUGCCUUUAGCUCUCUUAAAAGCUUUUAAGGACAGCCACAUGAAAUACAUCCUGGACGACCGCUGUUCUGCUCCAUCCCUCUCAGAAAAACGAAAGAAAAUCUCUCCGUAAAAUCGUCGGUUUCGUCUUCAUCAUCUUCAUCUUCUCCGUCGUCGGCGGUGGUUGUUGUCUGAUCUUUCGAAGGCUCUUCGCUGCGAUGGCGGACACGGAGUGCAGGCCCCUGGAGGUGACGGUGAUCUCGGCCAGGGACCUCGAGGACGUCAGAGACCACCUCCCGAUGCACCCCUACGUCGUCGUCUCCCUCUGCGGCGACCAGCGCUACAAGAAGAAGCAGCGCACCCCCGUCCACGAGGACGGCGGCACGAGCCCCCGCUGGGACCACGCCCUCGCCGACCCCUUCACCGUCGACGUGGCCGCGGCCAGCGCCGGCCACCUCAACCUCAAGCUCAAGAUCAAGACCAGGCGGACCGUCAAAAACAACAAGGACGUCGGCUGGGUCGACGUGCCCGUCGGGGAGCUGCUCGAGGAGGGCGACGACGGGGAGCCCAGGGCGACGAGCUACGCCGUGAGCCUGCCGUCCGGGGGGACCAGGGGCUUCCUGGAGUUCUCCUACAAGUUCGGCGAGGCGUUCACCGUGCGCGGGGCGGCGCCGGACCAACGGUCGGAAAACCAGCGGCAGCCGAGGCCGGACAGGUUCAGGGAUUGUUUCCGCGGGGCGAUAGUCGGGGGCUCGAUAUGGGGCGCGAUGUCGAACGCCGACGGUGAUGGUUAA